AUGCGUAUCUCAGUACCAACCAUUAUCAACAGCUCUGGAGCACCAAGACGAACAAUUUCACCAGGUGCGGCGGUUGAACGUAUCGCAGAAUUCCUCGCGCCAGGAAAAGCGACGCUACUCACCGGUGCAGGCGUUAGCGUUGCUUCGGGGAUCAGAGCAUAUCGGGGAAAAGACGGUAGAUAUAUGAACCCCAAUUACAAGCUUCGAUCAUACUUGGGCUACCCCUCUGUCCGGGACGCUCUGCCUAAUACCAGCCACUAUGCAAUCGCCGCACUCCAAUAUGCAUCAUACUUACCUCGCCUCGUGACGCAAAAUGUAGAUGGGUUACACCACAAAGCGAUUGCACACCUUUGGGAGCCGGAUCAUAUCCGAAAGCAAAUACUUCGAACUCCACGGAACCCUCCAUUACAUUGCAAGCGCGGUCAUGUAGUCCCCAGAGACGCAUUCGUUGACAAUCUAGAGAAGACCGGGAGCAAACUACGCACGAAUCCUGACGGUGAUGUGGACUUGGAAGGUGUUUCUUACACCGAUUUCGUGGUCCCAGAGUGUCCGCAGUGUACAUUGGAUGGUCAACAGAGCUCUUUUCACAAACCAGAGCUAAUAUUCUUUGGUGAAUCGAUACCAAGUCGGAUUAAGGACCGCUCGUUUCAUGAUAUUGAACAGUCUGAACGGGUUUUCGUCCUCGGCACCACACUGGCGACGUAUUCCGCAUUCAGGUUGGUAAAACACGCGUUAGAGCUGCGAAAACCAGUCAUGUUGCUGAAUGUAGGGCCAACGAGGGCUGACGAACUCCCAGGUGUGGAGAAACUUGAGAUAUCGAGUUCCCUGGUGUUGCGAGACGUAGUGCGAGCCAUCCUGGGUUCUCGUGCAAGCCAGGAUUCUGCGAUAGUUCAUCUUCUCCAGAGCGGCAUUCACCAACCACCCGCACCAGACCACGAAAUCGUAUCAAGAAAUACUUAG